AUGAGUCGGAUCCAGGAGUUCCGAUGCCCGCGCCACUACUUUGGCGGCGGACGCGUGCGGACGCUACAGCUGCACAUCUUCGUGGACUCCAGUCAAUCGGCGUUCGCAGCAGCGGCCUACUGGCGGGCCACGUACGAGAACGGAGACGUGCAGGCGCACUUCAUAAGCUCCAAAACGAAAUGCGCCCCGAUGAGGACCAUGUCGAUCCCGCGACUGGUACUCCAAGCAGCGGUAUUGGGCACGAGAUUGAUGAACAUCGUCAAGCAGGAGCACGGUGUGGCGAUCAGCAGCUGUGCGCUAUGGACGGACUCCAAGACUGUGUUGCACUGGAUAAGCAACACCCACCGGAGAUACAAACAGUUCGUCGGAAACCGGGUGGCGGAGAUUUUGGAAUCGACAGAGGCGUCCCAGUGGAGAUGGAUCCCGUCCGCCGAAAACGUGGCGGAUGACGCGACAAGGCCGCGCAAGGCCGUGGACCUGAGCAUCGGUUCGCGAUGGCUAAGCGGACCGCCGUUUCUACGAGAACCAGAGGAGAGCUGGCCGAGAUCGAGCGAGGUCUGGAUUCCUUCGACGACCGACGACGAGGAAAUGAAAUGUGAGUUUGCCUUGGGCACGGUAAACUUUAUAUCCCUGCAGAGGUUCUCCAGCUAUAAUCGACUGGUGAGGACGACUGCGUGGGCGCUCAGAUUUGUUCGACGAUGCCGUGGAAUACGUCGCGAUGAAGAGGUCUACGGAUUGACCGCGAUGGAGUGCGCUGAAGCAGAGCGCGCAUUGAUACGGCAGUCGCAGCGAGAAGCGUUUGCUGAGGACAGCCAAGGAAACGUCGCCAAGGACAGCCGACUGCACGGACUGUCCCCAUACCUUGACGAGGACGGAGUAUUGGGAGCCAGUGGAAGGAUCGACGACGCGACGUGUGUGCCAUACAACGCACAUCGGCCGAUCAUACUGUCUCACGAGGAGGCGCUGGCGGAAAUGAUCGAGCAGCAAAACCACGAAAAGAUGUGCCACCAAAACACGGAGGCGACGAUCGGAUCGAUUCGGAGCAAGUUCUGGAUAACGAACUUGCGGAGACUGCUACGGAGGGUGGUGAGCAAAUGCAACGUUUGCAAGCUGCGGAAGGCACGACCCACACGGCCCGAGAUGGGCCCCCUGCCUGCGGAUCGACUAGAGGCCAACGGAUGGCCAUUUAAGUCUACUGGCCUGGACUACUUUGGGCCGCUCUUUGUGACAAUAGGACAUGGCUCACGAUUUGUCCACCGACUCCUGCAUAAUCGCCAUGGGGAACUUCAAGAGCCGCCGUGGACCAGUGAUCAGGAUAAGGAGCGACAAUGGGAAGCCGACCGCGAGGCCAAGAGGUUCAGCGAAGUGUUCGAGCCUGCACAGAUCCAGGGCGAGCUGUCUUCUAAGGGAGUCGAAUGGAUCUUCAACUGCCCGGCGAACCCAGCUGAAGCCGGUGCCUGGGAGAGGAUGGUGCAGUGCGUGAAGAAGGUGCUGGCGCACACAAUGAAGGAGCUCGCCCCCAAGGAGCAUGUACUGGAGAACCUGCUGAUUGAGGCGGAGAGCAUCGUAAACUCUCGUCCGCUCACUCAUCUACCGGUGACGGUGGACCAGGAGGCUCCACUGACGCCUAACGAUUUGCUGAAAGGAGCAUCGGAUAUCCCAGAUCUCCCCAAGGAUGAUGGACAGGAGCCCGUGAGGUCCGCUACUAGGAAGCAGUGGCGCAUAGCAAGGAUGAUGCGCGAUCGUUUCUGGAAGCGUUGGGUGCAUGAGUACCUGCCAACUCUUGUGCGCAGGGAGAAAUGGUGCAAGCGCGUCGAACCCAUCCGUCGAGGAGACCUGGUAUUCAUCUGCGAUCCAGCCAUACCACGAAGGGAAUGGAAACGAGGCGUCGUGGAAGAGGUGUUCACCGGGAAGGAUGGAGUACCUCGUCGAGCAGCGGUGCGGACUACCGAUCGAGCCAAGACUAUGCGUCCCGCUUCGAAGCUAGCUAUCCUGGACGUGAUGAAUGCGGCUGCUUCACGGGGGUGGGGAUGUCGCGGAACGGAUUAG